AUGACGUGGCAGGUGUUAUGUGAGGAGUGUGACAUGUGGGAGCUGAUGAAGGGCAGUCUGACCCCGGGUGACCACAUCUGCAGAAGAUGUCUGCAACUGAGGUAUGAGAUCCUUGGAACUUGUAUCGACAAGGAAGCCGGUGAGGUGGAAGGAAAAACUACCUCUAACACUGGGGCAAAAGAGCGGAUGGUUGUCGUCAUUGGGGAUGAGACUAUGAAGCAGACAGAGACAAUCAUCUGCAACGCCAACCAGAAGACCAGAAGGCUUUGCUGCCUCCCUGGGGCCGGGGUGAAGGAUGUCUCGGCAGGGCGAGAGGACAAUUUAAAAGAUGAGGGCAAGGAUCUAGAGUCUGAUAUCACCAAAGAGAGAAUUCAGAAGAUUCUGGCCACAGGUGCCAAUGUCAUUCUGACUACUGGUGGCAUUGAUGAUAUGUGUCUAAAAUAUUUUGUGGAUGCUGGUGCCAUGGCAGUACACCGUUGUCUGACGAAAGACCUCAGACGAAUUGCUAAGGCCAGUGGAGCAACUAUCUGUUCAACACUUGCAAACUUGGAAGGAGAUGAGAGUUUUGAUCCCUCUUUAGUGGGCCAAGCUGAGGAGGUGGUUCAAGAAAGGAUAUGCGAUGAUGAACUGAUACUUGUUAAAAAAGAGUCUGAUAUCACCAAAGAGAGAAUUCAGAAGAUUCUGGCCACAGGUGCCAAUGUCAUUCUGACUACUGGUGGCAUUGAUGAUAUGUGUCUAAAAUAUUUUGUGGAUGCUGGUGCCAUGGCAGUACGCCGUUGUCUGAAGAAAGACCUCAGACGAAUUGCUAAGGCCAGUGGAGCAACUAUCUGUUCAACACUUGCAAACUUGGAAGGAGAUGAGAGUUUUGAUCACUCUUUAGUGGGCCAAGCUGAGGAGGUGGUUUACGUGUUGUAAAGGAUAUGCGAUGAUGAACUGAUACUUGUUGAAAAUACAAAGGCCCGUACUUCUGCAUCAAUCAUUCUGCGAGGAGCAAAUGAUUUCAUGUGUGAUGAGAUGGAGCGCUCCCUACAUGAUGCACUCUGUGUUGUGAAGAGAGUGCUUGAGUCCAAGUCUUUAGUUCCAGGAGGUGGGGCUGUGGAAGCUGCACUCUCCAUCUACCUGGAAAACUAUGCAACUAGUUUGGGAUCACGUGAACAACUUGCCAUUGCAGAAUUUGCCCGGGCCAUGUUGAUUAUUCCUAGGACUCUGGCAGUGAAUGCUGCUCAGGAUUCUACAGACCUUGUUGCAAAGUUGCGUGCAUUCCACAACGAAGCUCAGGUCAAUCCUGAUCGCAAAACUUUGAAAUGGAUUGGUCUUGAUUUAUUGAAUGGGAAGCCAAGGGACAACAAACAAGCUGGUGUCUUUGAGCCUACUGUGGUUAAAGUCAAGAGUCUGAAGUUUGCAACAGAAGCUGCUAUAACCAUCCUGCGAAUUGAUGAUCUCAUCAAACUUUACCCAGAUGAAAAGCAAGACAAAGGAAAGAGUUACCAAGAUGCAGUUCAAAGUGGAGAGCUUAAUGGCUGAAGCACCUGAGUUCUAAAAUCAGCUAUUAUAAUUUAUGUUUAACUCUUGGCAUCCAUCAGGUGCUUCUUGUACUUCUGUUCUAGAUUGAGCAGCUUGUCAUACUUGUAUGAAAUUCAGUGCCACUUGUUGUAGUGCUCUGUUUAAUUUACUAUGCUUGUUUAGUGCUAUUUGGCACAAACCGGAUUUAAAAGACCUCUUACUUUGUUACCUAUAGUCAACUCUUUCAAGUUAUUUGUGCAAAAUUAUUUCCUGUACAUUGACAGUUGUGCUUCAAGCUCCUUCGGAAAUAAAAUGUGACAGUUGUCAAGUGAUCAGCCAUCUAUGUAGGGAGCUGUUAAGAGACCACCUUAAUUUCAUGAAUAAACGGUGAUGUUGUG